AACCCCUGAUCUUAUUAAUUCUGCCGGCAUUAAAAAGCGGUGAGAGAUGGAAGUGGUGUCGCUUGUUCUUGCCUAAGGCAGAAACAAUUUUGCGGCUUGCACUACCUACCUCUGAGCUUGGAGAUCGAAAUUCCAAUUCAAGCAGCAGCACAAUCAAACCCACGAACAGCCAUGCCUCCACGAAUACCUGCAAUGCAGGCCGUAAGGUGCUGCAGGGCAUCUCUGGAAUCCCAGCGCGCAUCAUCCCCGCUCGUCUCGCUGUUCGCGGCUCUCUCAAUUCAGACGAGGAGCGCGUCCAUCCUCGCCAGACUCUCCGACAACCCUGGAGCCUACCACAAGCGGAUUCGCAAAGGCCGAGGACCGUCAUCUGGCUACGGAAAGACCUCUGGCAGGGGUCACAAGGGCCAGAAGCAGCAUGGCAAGGUGAAGCCGUGGUUCCAGGGUGGCCAGACGCCUUUGAUUUUCAGCCACGGACGGAAAGGCUUCGAGAAUCUCCGUGCCCCGAAAAUGUCCGAAGUAAACCUCGACCGCAUCCAGACCUGGAUCGACGCGGGCCGCCUCGACCCCACGAAGCAGAUCACGCCGCGCGAGCUGAUCACGUCGGGCUGCGUCGGCAACGCCGUCAAGGACGGCAUCAAGCUCCUGGCGGGCAGCAGGGAGGCGAGUAACCAGGCGGGGCAGGCGGGGCAGGCGCCGCUGCGGACGGCGGUCGACAUACUCGUGUCGCGGGCGUCGGCGGGGGCGAUCGAGGCCGUGGAGGCGGCGGGCGGCAAGAUCACGACGCGGUUCUACACCCGCCAGUCCAUCAGGCGGCUCGUGGACGGGCGGAGCGCGAGCACCGACAGGCCACUGCCCGUCGGGGCGGAGCACGUCGAGGGCGAGCUGGAGCGGGUCAGGCAGGAGGCGGCGGCGGCGCCGGGGAGGCGUCUGUUCCGCCUUCCCGACCCGACGAGCCGGUGGGAGAUCGAGUACUACAGGGAUCCGGCGCAUCGCGGGUACCUGAGCCACAUGCUGAAGCCUGGGCAGUCGCCCAGCUUGUACUUCAAGGUUCCUGGGGAGAAGAGGGUGGUGGUCGCGUCGAAGGAGAAGGAGAAGAAGAAGGCUGCGGUGGAGGAGGAUAAACUGUUCUAGAUGUUGGCCUGACAAGCUGAGAGGGAAGUGCUGUAUCAUAUUUGCUAAGAUAGGGGGUCCUGUAUACCGCGAAUGCAUGUGUGGUACCUGUACCAAGAGCGUUUCUCAGACUUGCCCCCCGGAGUAUAAGCUUAUGGCAUAAGACAAGAAUAACGACGAAGGUUUUCAAUAACCGCCCACAUGACCCACCUCUUCUGGAAUCACUGGCUUC